CUUAGGUGCCCUGACAGCACUCGUAAGACAUUUUAUGGCCCGUAAGCAGAUGAGGUGAUUUGCGUUUAGUUGCCUGCCUGCCAGCCGUGCGAGGAGUUCAAGAUCCGUGGAAUAAUAAUAAUAGCCCCGGCUAAAGUGGGCCCAAAAUCCUUUGAUUUCCCCAGGAAAGUGUCUCGAGUGUGAAAUGCCAAGUUGAGAAGUGGAGAAACCAGCAAGGCCCAAGUGCAAACCAAAAAGUAUACAACAAAAAUAAAUACAAAGCAAACGAAAGUGUUCAGCAACAAACAUUCCUCGCCCGGUCACUGGAUCAGGAUAUAUAUAUAUACUCAUAUAGCAUAAGCAUCGGGAUUUCCCAAGGAUCCACUGACUGCAGCCUGCACACAGAUGCAGCCCUAACGCAGAGCAAGAAUCUCGUCUUCGUCGCCAAGCUGAAGCAAUUAACUGAAAAUGUAGCAGGGAAAGAACAUGGCCCAACUGGAACAGCAAAUGCCAUGCGAUGCAACUAGCAUAAACAAACUCAGAAGAUUCCGUGAUUAGGACGUGUUGUACCCUAACGCUCUAAAUGCAGACGAUAUGGGCACAACAUGGCCUCAGCACAGAUACGACAUUUCUAUAACACACCAACAACAAUUUCUUCAACAACAACACGACAACCUUUACUACAACAACAACAACAACUGCAGCAGCACACGAACAACUGCAACAGCAAACGAAAGCAAUUUCAAAGCGAUACGUUUCUGUGCCACACACAAACACAAAGUGAGUCAGAGGCAAAAGCAGCAGGAGCAACAUUAUGCCAGUCAACGCUUGCGGCAGCAGCAACAACAGCAAAAGGAGCAGGAGCAACAGGAGCAAGAGCAACAGCAACAGAUGAUGUACAAGCCAGCGAAUGUCGGCAGUCCUGGACCACAGAUGAGAUCGCUGCCAGCAACAGAAACACCCAGCACAGGAUGCGAUAUCCUUUGGCCGGCAGUGCUGCAACCUGCGAUGUUGCUACUGUUCCUGCCGCACGGCAGCAGCAACAGCAGCAAUGCCUGGCUCCUACUGCCACUGCUUUGGCUGCUUCUACAGGGACUUCGGAGCAGGAUCGCCUCGCCACGAGCACUUGCCUAUCACGCCUAUCUUCCAAAGUCAGCCAGGACUCUACGAAACAACAACGAAAGCUCUUUCAACACGGCGCCACAACAAGGGACUCCGAUGCUUCAACUUCGACGGCUCCGGCAGUCAGCAUCCUCAUGGAUAUGCAAAAGUUUGCACGCUCUAUAUUUCCGCUGGUUAUCAUCUUCAAUCUGCUGCCUUUGUUCUAUGCAGGCGGUGCUCAUUUAAAGUCGAACGGCGCCGAUGGGGAGCCUUGGAUGCAGCCGGUGGUGGCCUAUUUGGAGGUGUCGUCGCGACCCACGAAAUCGCCAAAGUGUGAUCAGACAUUCGUGUCGCGGAUCGGCGGUCCCCAGAACGGCAGCUUCUCGGCCCCGCUGCUGCACAACCAUCGCAAUCACUCGCGACAAUGCCUCUACACCUUCCUAGCAGGACCUGGACAGCGUGUCGAAGUAGUUUUUAAAUCGUUUAAUUUAAGAGGAAGUCCACCAGACGGUUCGGCCGUCGGUGAAUUACCAAGUUGUGUUCAUGAGUACAUGGAUAUCUACUCGGAGGUGCAGUCGUCGGAGCCAGCGGAACUGAUCAAUUCGCCAUUCGGGGGUCGCUACUGCGGCACCAUUCCGCCGCGUCGUCGCAUUUCCAUGUACCGGGCAGUUGCGAUUUCUUUUUUUAGCAACAAGAACGUGACCACGGACCUGUUCGAGGGCACGUUUAGGUUUAUAAAUGCAUCGGAAUAUGAAAUUGGCAUACCCAUUGCGGGAUCGCCAUGUUCCUACACGAUAACGCCCAGCAUGAGCGUCAACAAAACUGGUGCGCUCAUAUCGCCAACCUAUCCAGGUGCCUAUCCGAAGGAUAUGUCAUGCACAUAUCAAUUUCUUGGUGAAUCGAAUCAGAGGGUUAGAUUAGAGUUUCGUGAUUUUGAUCUAUUUUUUGGUGGACCACACUGCCCAUUUGACUAUGUGAAAGUGUACGAUGGUCCAGAUAAUUCGUCAGCAUUAAUCGGUACAUAUUGCGGGCAGCAAAGAAACUUAGUUUUGUAUUCGAGCGAGUCGAGCCUUUUUGUUCAUUUUUAUACGUUAUCGCGCACCGCAAAUACCCAAAAUCGUGGCUUUAAAGGAAUUUAUGAAUUUAGCGAGAGUUUUGUUAAAUUAGAUUUUAUACGUGAAAAUGAUGGCAUUCACAUACGUGGCUCAGAAUGUGAUCAAAAGAUUUUAUCGAAGAAGGAAUCCACUGGCUUUGUGCUCUCACCCAACUAUCCCUAUCCCUAUAUACCAAAAACUGUGUGUAGAUAUUUCAUCUAUGGCAUGCAGGAUGCUCAGCAUCUGGAGCGUGUACGACUCGAGUUUAACGCUUUCAAUAUACCCAAGGUGGAGCACAAGGACAAGAGCGAAUCCAACUGCACCGACGGCUAUCUAAAGAUCUAUCUGAAGGGCCAGGAGACGGCCGAUGCCUACGACAAGUUCGACUACGAGCUGUGCGGCAACGAGACGCAGCGUGUGAUUAGCGAGGGGCCGCGGCUGGCCAUGGUCUUCAGUUCCGGAGAGUUGCAGGGCCGUGGCUUCAAGGGCAAGUACACCUUCGAGACGGAGUACAAGAUUCCGGGCACGGCGGCACCGGACGGAACCUGCAGCUUCACCUACGUGAGCAACUCGAAGAAGCGCGGCGAACUGAACAGUCCGCGCUAUCCCUCCAAUUAUCCGUCGGACACGAACUGCUCGUACCUGUUUCUGGCCGAGGCCGACGAGCAGGUGACCAUUGUGUUCGACCACUUCAAGAUCAAGGCGGACAACAAUGCAAACGCCACGGCGGGAGCCUAUGGUUCCGGCGCCUGCUUCGAGGACUGGCUGGAGAUGUACGUCGUCUACCGGGACAACAACGACCGCCUGCUGGGCCGCUACUGCGGUCAGACAGCCCCCGGACCCGUCGAGAGCCCGCGGGGAGCGGUGGGGCUGCGGAUCACCCUGCACACGGACCAGGAGAGCGUGGCCAGCGGCUUCAAGGCCCGCUACUUCUUCGAGUCGGCCAAGUCGGAUGCCGGCGACUGCGGCGGCAACUUCAGCAACCAGGACUCGGGUCUCAUCACCUCGCCCAACUGGCCGGCGGGCUACAAGGCGCCAGGCCGCGGCAUGGCCUCCAAUGCCUGCAACUGGGUGAUGAAAGCCCGCCCCGGCUACAAGCUGUCCAUUCACUUUGAGCAGUUCGGCCUGGAAGGAGACCCAGCCAAUCGCGGCUGCCCUGCUGCUGUGCUGCGGCUGUGGAUGAACGUGGACUCCGACCAGCCGCCGAUGGAGCUGUGCGGCGAGAAGCCGCCCGUGGAGCAGUGGCACUACACCUCCACCGGCCAGACGGCGCGCAUCAGCUUCACCACCAGCGACAAGACAGUGGGUGCCCAGGGCUUCCGCAUUGUGUGGACCGAGAUACAGGACUCCGGACCGGGUCCGCCGUCCGUGGGUCUGCACUGCGAGUCCACCUACCACUUCCAGUGCGGAGCCGGAUACUGCAUCUCCGACAAGCUGCGCUGCGACGGAGUCAAGAACUGCGGCCCCGGCGACGAUACUGACGAAUUGCACUGUACCACGGAAGCGGCCGAGGAGGACUACGACGUCCUAAUUAUAAUAACGCUUCUCGUCGUCUCGUCCCUAAUCUGUCUCCUAUGCAUACUCUGUCACUCCAGAAGAAACCGUAGGAACCAUGUCCGCCAACUGGGCCUACAUCGGAAUGCACAUUACGACUCGCAGACCAGUGCCACGGCGGGUCUCAGCUCCAGUCGCCGGCAUCUGCAGAGUGGUGGCGCCAGCAUCGCGGGCAGUUUGCAUGGGAUCAACAGUGGCAACCUGAUGAUACCGCCCGCCCCACUGCCGCCCACCAGCGUUCCGCCGCCGCCCCACAUCUGCAUCGCCGGCGUGGACAUGGGAAUGGGGAUGGGCAUGGGACAUGGACUGAUGUCCAACGGGGAGGACGACGAGGACGAUCUGGAGCUUGAUGAGGACCAGCUGGACGCAGACAUUUUCAUCAACGAUGUGCACUUCGAUGAGGACAACAUCGAUCAUGUCAACCAAAUGGCGAACGUCUAACGAUGGUUCGGCGCAGUUUUAGGCACUUUUAUCGCAAACUUCAGUUUCGGUUUUAAAACGCAUUUAGAAUAAGGCUAACUAGGUAAUGGCGAACAAAGCAACUUUGCAGAGCAAGAGCAGUAGAUUACACACACUCCCACAACGCAUACUGACACGCAGACAAAGGAUAACACACAGAUACAGUAAAACCGGGAGGCGAACAGAAACAGAAAUUCAAAAGUUAACAAUACCUAAAAGACAAGAAAUUAUGCAAAAAUGCGAAUUGAUUAAGACAUAAAUUUAAUAACGAGCGAAUCGGGAUGGUUAGUAGGCAUUAGAGAUGGAGUAAGCGAAAGCGAAGCUAAAUAAGUACAGUAGGGCGAGCAUAUUGUAGUUGCGAUAACACGAUUAGCCAGAAGCGUUUCACAUAAGUAAGGGAUGGUGUCGAGGAAUAAGAAACAAAUAAUAGCUACAUUUAAUAACUAUAUUAUACACAUAGCGAAAUACGUACGGCGGAAUGGAUAAGGGCGCACAAAAAGCACAGGACGAUAGGCGGAUGUGUAAAAAGCAAGAAGCAAGGAGCUAGAAGCCGUUUAGCGGAAACGGAUACGAGCCGGAAACAGCAAGCGCAGGAAGUGCAAGUACGAAUCAUUUUCAUAGCCACAAGAGACCGCAGACAAGAUGAAAAAUAAAAUAAAGUUGUUGAUUUUUAUAUUUGAUACGAGUAAUAUUUAGGUGAAGCAUAAAUUGAAUUAAUUAUACAACAGAAGAAACGAAGAAAGUAAACGUUAAUAAAACAAUACACACAUUCGCAAACCGAUAGAUAAACCGAUAAUGAAUAACGGCAGCAACAUACUAAAGGGCAUAAAACAAUAAUAAUUAACUACCUUUACAUACGCGCAUGACUUUUUAUUUACACAUUUUGUACAAAAAAUCUUCGACCCUUGAGGCUACACAAAUCAAACAUACAACAACAAAAAGGAGAAGAAGAAAUAAUGCAUAAAUAAAACAAUUAGUGACUAUCAAAACUGUAUCUUCCAGCAAAGAAUAAAAGCAAAGAGUUAAAUGACGCUAAAUCGAAAAGUUUAUAUGAGGAUAAAGGAGGAAAUUUAAUAAAUUAGUGGCCCCAAAUAUGGAAAAUGAAAGCGAGAAAUGGAAAAGAAAUAAAUUCAAAGAUUUUUGUCUAUUUAAGCACAUUUUUAUAAACAUUUAAGGCGAACAAGAAUAUUUAUAAAAAUGUAUACGCUAAAGGGAACGAUAAUAAUAAAGUAAAUUAUACAAGAAGCUAAAAACCAGAAUCUAAACACAAAGAAACCGAUUAUUGAAUUUAAUUUUCGUUGUGCCAAAUCGUGUUUGGCAUUUUUUGUAUCAAAUAUUAUUUUAUGUUAUUUUAUCAAGUUUAUACAUAUGCAAACAUAUUGUGAAUUUUAAGAUUGUUUUAGUUCAUAUCAGUUUCCUCCGUUUUGGAGUUAAAUGAUAAAUUCCCUAAAAUUUCGUAAAAUAAAUAAUAAUUAUUGGUUUCAUA